AUGGCGGCAGUAGAUGCCAACAUCGGACAAGACAACUUGGCACCAUUAUUUAAAUCGAAAGACAGCGUUCCCGGCAGUUACAUUGUCAAGUUCAAGGACGGCAUCUCCUCAACCAGCUUCGACAGUACCCUGGCCUCCUUCACUGACGACAGCCACCACGUCUACGACGCUGUGUUCAAAGGUUUUUCGGCAACCCUCGAUUCCGUUGCGAUUCGCAAUCUAAGACGCCAUCCUGACGUCGAAUUCAUCGAACAAGAUGCUACUUUCACCAUAAACGGUUUCGUAGAGCAGAAAAACGCUCCCUGGAAUCUAGCCCGCAUCUCUCACCGCCAGCGAGGUUCGACAUCGUACAUAUACGACGACAGCGCCGGCGAAGGAACAUGCUCAUACAUUAUUGACACUGGCAUCGAUGCCACGCACCCCCAAUUCGGCGGCCGCGCCCAAAACAUCAAGUCGUUCGUUAACACAGCCACCGACGGCAACGGCCAUGGCACUCACCUCGCCGGCGUUAUAGGCAGCGUCAUCUACGGCGUGGCCAAGAAGACGAAACUCUACGGCGUCAAGUGUCUCGACGACCAAGGCUCAGGCACGACAUCCAACGUCAUUGCCGCAAUGGACUUUGUUGCCAAAGACGCCAAGACGCGCGGAUGCCCCAAGGGAGCAAUGGCCAAUAUGAGCUUGGGAGGGGGUUACUCUGCGGCGGUGAACAAAGCUGCCGCUUCUCUUGUUGCCUCUGGCGUGUUUGUCUCGGUGGCGGCGGGCGGUUCGGGUACCGACGCCAAGAACACGUCUCCUGCGUCUGAGCCAACUGUUUGUACGGUGGGUGCUAGUACGGAGAAGGAUGAGCGUGCUAGUUAUUCCAAUUACGGGCCUGUGGUUGAUAUUUUUGCGCCGGGUGUGAGUAUCUUGUCCACUUGGCUGAAUGGCGCGUCGAAUACUCUUUCGGGGUCGUCCAUGUCGGCUGCACAUAUCACCGGGCUGGGGGCUUAUAUUGCUGCGCUUGAAGGUUUCCCUGGUGGGGAGAAGUUGUGCAAGAGAUUGCAGGAAUUGGCUACCAAAGGUGUGUUGACGAAUGUGCCAUCGGGGACACUGAAUCUUUUGGCUUUUAAUGGCAACCCCUCUGGAUAG